AUGUUCCACAUUCUUUUUUUUCUUCUUUUUUCUCUGUCUGCAAUUAUGAAAGCUCUUACUACUCAUAAUAGAGCAAUUUGUCAUAGGGAUUAUUCACAUAACUGUGCAGAAGGAUGGUCAAAAUCGAGCAUAUCAGACGAAUGCGUAUCUCCCCCAUCAUAUAGAGGACCCUGUCCUCGCUUUCUGCAAAUAGAACAUGAAACAAAAAAAAAAAAAUUGCUGGAAGAGCAGUGCAAUAUUUUUUGGCCUUCUUUAGUUCAAUGUAAAAAAAAUUAUUCUCAUCAGUGUCCCAACAACUGGGUACCAGAGGAUGAUACGAACUGCCGCCCACUUGCAACGUAUGAAGGAACAUGUUUACUUUCUCACGACUUUUCAAACAUGACCGAUGAGCAAAAAGAAAUAUGGAGCAACAAGUGUGCAACCGACUGGCCAUGCAAAGAAAAAUGCAAAAAGGAUUAUUCCAAGCUUUGCCCCCAAGAGUGGACUAAAAAUAGCGAUGGGACUUGUUCUGCCCCCAUAAAAUAUUCUGGGCCUUGUUUGCCGAGAGCGUCUCUACAUACGCUUGAUAAGGAUAUGAAAGAGUCCUUUGAAAAAUUAUGCAAAUUAGAUUUUCCCUGUUUGAAGGAAUGCAAAAUAGAUAACCAGGACCCUUGUCCAAAAAAUUGGAUUCUGAAAUCGGACGAAUCGGGAAACCCCAUCAGUUGCUUGCCGCCUGAUAAUUACUCAGGACCAUGUGACGAACACUCCAAUUUUACUGGCCUUAAUAUAGAUUCAAAGGAAAGCAUAGCGUAUGAGUGCGACGUGCAGUGGCCUUGUGCUGAAGAAACUUCUAAUUUAAUUAAUUACGAGGAGCUUUGUCCGGAAAAUUGGACACAGAGUCAAAAGUAUUGCGUUGCCCCUCAGAAUUAUAUGGGCCCAUGUUCAAAAAAAAAAUUAUUUGAAUCGUUCAGGAAAGAAACAAAGAAAGCAUACGCAGAAGAAUGCAACAUUGAAUGGCCCCUGUUUAAAAAGAGCAUAUCAAAAAAUUUUCCAAAAAGUUCAACUUUAAGAAAAGGAAAAUAUAAAUUUGGAGCAGUAGAGCCAAUUACAGGCGAAGUUGUUUCGGGAAAUGCUGAAUAA